CUCUGUCUCUGUCUGCCCCGCGGCUGUGCGGUCAUCCUCGACAAAUCUCAUGUACAGGAGCCUACACAUGAACGAUACGCAUCCAUCACACAGCUUGUUCGCAGCAGACACCAAACAAGGCCGCCGAUUUCGGCAGGCAGGUAGGCAGGAGAUCAAUCAACAUGGCGGUGCCUCGGGAAAGUACCCCAGCACCCUGUUGUAGACCUGAAGCACGAAGUUGGCCGCCUCUAAACACACACGAGACAGAAAGAGAAAUGCCUCAUGUAAUCAGUAGCGCUUCUGUGUCCGUCACUUACCAGAAAAGUCGAGUCUUCCGUCUUUGUUGGCGUCACACUCUUGGAACAGACCAACCCAAGUCUGCACACGCACAGAUACACACACACACGGUGACGAACCAUACACACAAAUCAAUGCCAUUUCUGUCCUGUCCGUUGGCACCGACCGAAUGUGGGAGUGGCGGCACGGCGAGGCCGUGGUGCAGGAAGAUGCGCCGAAUGAAGGCCAUCAUCUCACCAGUGGGCCACUGCAGGAACCCGUCGCCGUCCAAAUCAACCUCGCGAAUGAUGUCCCACAAAUUCUCUGUGUGCACCUGCAUCGAUUCUCACAGAUGACAGACGAGCCUCUCUCCGGUCCCUGCACCCAUACCCCAUACAGUACAUGUGCGCAUGCUUACAUCCCACUCAGUCGUGUAGCUCUGAAUGCCGUCAGUAUGUGUCUCGAACACUUUCCACACCUCAGUCACCACAUCAAUGGCCUCCAGCUCGCCCCUCCCCCCCACACUCAUCGGCCGCACUCCACCACCAGACGCAGGCCCGGGAAUGCCGCCCCCGAACGUGCCAACAGGACGGGCGGAAUACCCGGGGGCGGCACUCACGGGGGGAGGAAGAAACGGCGCUGCAGGCGGACGAGCAGGGAAUACGACGGGCGGUCUCCCAGGUAUGGGAGGGAAAGGGGCGACGGGGCCGGUUGGCGGCCUGAAGGAGCCACUCGGCGGCAUCAGAGGAGGGCGGACAGUCACUGAGGGAGGCGGCGGGGCGAUGGGGGGACGGAUGAAUGGAGGACCUGGGGGGGCGCCAAGCGGUGGCCGAACAGGAGGGCCACUCCAAUGACCUUGCGGUGGCAACAGCAUCGUGAAAAAGCGACGAUUGCGGCGAUUGGAUUC